CCAAAAAACAAUUCACCAUCCGCGCCAGUCGCGAUCGGUCGUUUCCAUAUACUUUGGUCAAACAAAACAAGUGACCAACUGUUCUUAAAAGUAAACAGGCAGACUAGAAAACAAAAGAGCGGGAAUGAUGGCGGCGGCUGGUGGCGGUAGGGCGGCGGUGCUGUCUCAGCCGGUGACAUUCGUAACAGGCAACGCCAAGAAGCUCGAAGAAGUUCGCGCAAUUCUCGGCAACUCGAUCCCCUUUCGUUCGCUUAAACUUGAUUUGCCAGAGUUACAAGGCGAGCCUGAGGAGAUUUCUAGAGAAAAGGCUCGAUUAGCUGCGAAAGAGGUAGACGGGCCCGUGCUGGUGGAGGAUACUUGUCUCUGUUUCAAUGCUCUCAAGGGUCUACCUGGGCCUUACAUCAAGUGGUUUCUGCAGAAGAUUGAUCAUGAAGGUCUGAAUAAUUUGUUGAUGGCAUAUGACGAUAAAUCUGCUUAUGCUCUCUGUAUAUUCUCUCUCGCUAUUGGGCCAAAUGCAGAUCCAAUAACUUUUUUGGGGAAGACUCCGGGAAAGAUAGUUCCUCCUAGGGGACCGACUGAUUUUGGAUGGGAUCCAGUUUUCCAACCUGAUGGAUAUGACCAAACUUAUGCCGAGAUGCCCAAGGAAGAGAAGAACAAGAUUUCUCACCGUUACAGGGCCCUUGCACAGGUUAAAUCAUACUUUGCUGAGGCUAAAUACGCUUUCCUGUCCGAAUCCUAAACUCAAGAAUGCUCUAUGCCUUUUAUAGAAGAACAUGGAAGUAUGUUUAUGCAAAUUGUGAUCCCAAAUUUAGAAGCAAAGAAACUCUUUAAAUGGUUUUGCAACAAAAUUUUACAGUUAUCCUAGGAUCCCUGAGGGCUCCCAUUUUUAUGCAAUGGCAGGAGUGCUUUUUCUC